AUGUCAAUCUUCCCGUAUGCGUACUACAUGGUCAAAGACUUCAAGAUUACGGACGAUGAGAGCAAGGUUUCGAUGUAUGUCGGCAUGAUCACUUCGGCCUUCGCAUUCAUGGAGUGCAUGAGUGGCAUUUUCUGGGGACGGCUCAGCGAUCGGAUCGGGCGCAAAAAGGUUCUCCUCGGCGGGCUGUUCGGAACCGGCCUGAGCAUGCUGCUGUUCGGCUUCGCACAAUCGCUGCCCGUUGCUCUGUUUGCGCGCGCACUGGGUGGAGCGCUCAAUGGGAACAUCGGCGUUCUUCAGACUACCGUUGCGGAAUUGGUAACUGUGGAGAAGCACCAGCCGCGCGCGUAUUCGAUCAUGCCCUCUGUUUGGUGCCUUGGCACCAUCGUCGGCGCGUCGCUCGGCGGAAUUCUCGCCCGCCCCGCGCUGUCUCUCCCUGCCUGGUUCCAGGGCACCGUUUUCGAGACGUUUCCGUAUCUGCUUCCGAACCUUGUUUGCACAGCAGUAGUUGCGUUUGGACUUAGCGUGGGUUUCCUUUUUCUUGAGGAAACACACGAGGAUCGCAAAUACGACCAUGACCGCGGUACCGAACUUGGCCAGUGGAUUCUCCGCAAAGUGUGGGGACAACCCGCAUACGAGCCCUUGAGCGACAAGGAUGCACCUUUGGACGAGAUGAGCGCCAUGUUGGGAGGUGACGACGCAGCGGCGUACAGGAGCAAUACCACCUCACCGACCUUGUGCAGCUCGCGAUCAUCCAUUUCUGAGCCGCCCCUAUUUUCGUUGGAGAAGGAAGUUGUACGAGCGCCAACUGUCCGCGAUGCGUUUACGAUGCAAACAUGCUUGAACAUUGUGUGCUACGGCAUACUCGCAUUUCACACGAUAUCGUUGGAGCAGCUCCUCCCGAUCCUCAUGUCCAGAGACGAAUCAAGAGGAGAGGACCGCAACCUACCGUUCUACUUCACUGGUGGUUUCCACUUGUCGACUCAGACAAAUGGCCUUAUUCUCAGUAUCCAAGGUGUCCUGCAGAUGUUCGCCCAGCUCGUCAUUUUCCCUUGGAUUAGCAAGAAGCUUGGGAACCUACGGACAUUCUGGCUGACCAUCGCACUUUACCCAUUUCUCUACAUCAUGGCACCCUACCUCGCGCUCUUACCGAAGAGUUUGCGCAUUCCCGGCAUCGUGUUGCUCCUUGUGUGGAAAGUGACGGCUCAAGCACUCUCCUACCCGUCCCUGGCCAUCAUGCUGGCCAACGCAUCCCCAUCCAGGAAGGUGCUCGGUACCCUGAACGGUGCUGCAGCUGCUUCUGCAAGCGUCAUGAGGGGCUUUGGUCCUACGGUCUCAGGCGCCGUCGACUCGGUCGGUGUGCAGAUCGGCAUGUCGGGUUUGGCAUGGUGGACCAUCGCAGGUGUUGCCAUCAUCGGCUGGGCACCUGGAUUUGCAAUGCAAGAGAAGCGCAAGAUCACCGAAGACGAAGAAGCUGGUUCAGACACCGAUUCCGUUCUCACCCUCGCACUGGACGGAGAGGCUGGCGUACGGCUUCCCAAGUAA